AUGCCUAAAAUAGACGACAAAAAGAUUUUGCAAGACCAGCCAUGGGAAGAUCCUGCCUUUUUUGCCCCACCUGUGGGGGAUGACAAGUGGAUUACCACCAGCGACUGCCGCUGGAUCUAUCGAACACACAAGAAGCCUCGCAAGAAGGGAUUCCAUCCUAUUCACAGAAGUUUCCCUUUGAAGGAUGUGUCCCGCCUUUCCCUGCAACGGAUUACUGUUGCCUUUCCGGAAUGCCAAAGGACGGGGAAGACCGUGGCUACAUCAAUGAUGGAUCGUUCUAUCUUCAUUGACCAGUUCUCCGAUGUGAAGCCUGAAGUUGAGACCUUGAACACCCGGUGGAGAGGUUAUACCUUUUUUCGUGUUCUUGAUCGUGACGAAGAUCAAUGUGAAAAACCGAAGGAUGAGACUUUGGCAUCUGCCUCUGACCAAUUCUUGCUCUGGGAAAGUAGCCUGUGCCUGCUUGCCUUCUACAUUCUUACUGUAGGGGGUCUAGCUAUGGCCAAGUCCUCUAGGAAAAAGGACAAGAAAGAAAGGAAGAGAAAGGGAAAGAAAAGGAAAGCGAAAGCUUUGCAACUUGGCAAGGCUUGCUCCAGGAUUUCAGACCUCAAAGUUGAGCAGCUGGCUAUCAUACUUCAGGUCCAUGAUACGUUGACAAGCCAGACUCUUUUCUCCAUGGGCGGUGAGCUGCUGGAGGUGCACCGCAGAGCACUGAGCUUGCAGAAACGUCAGGAAGAUGGUUCCCACCGUGGUCUGGAGAUUCGUGUUGAAGUUUCGAAACGCAUGGGAUGGUCCAUCAUGAAUGAGGUGGAGGUUCAUGAGAAAUCAAGUGAGGCCGCAGGCUGGUUGUCCACCCUGAAGAAGUUGAUUCAAGAUGCCAAAGCUUUGGCAGCUGAUGACAUGCGGAAAGAUCAGACAGACACCAGGCGUACUACCAGUCCCGAGAAAACAAGGAGGGGCAAGUCUAAGAAGGUGAAGAGGGAUAGAAAGAAGAAGUCAAGGUCCAGAUCCUCAUCGGCCAACAGAUCUGACAGUGAUGAGGAAUGGGUUUCCGUGCAACUUGCCCUGCAGUCCAGCAAGUCUCGCAGUCCACGACGACCUGCCUCAGUUUCGCCAGUCUUUGACGACCGCUUCAGGAGUGGUGGUUCCAAUGCUCCUGGGAGGAGACCAUCCCGGGGCAGAGGGGGCGGCCAUCGUCGUGCGUCUCGAAGUACCACUGCUCCUCCAAGCACCGCUGGAACCAGCAACGAUGAGAUGGAGGCCUUCUUUGAUAUCGAUCUCAAACGCUCUCUCUGUGGCAGCAACGACAGGAUGUUGUACUUGAAAAUGGUCAGAGCGGAAGGAUUUGAUGAUGUGUCCUCCUUUCUUCAAGGAGUUCGUGAGGGUUGGAGCCCAGAGGAAUCGUGUUGCUCUCAGGAAUGCAAGGAGUUUCUGCGUUGCAUGACUUGGGUGGGUCGUCGUGCGGCCAAGAAGUUCACUGAGCUAGUUGCUGGAAAGAUGGAUGAGUAUAUGGCUGAACUCGACAGGAUGGCGUUCGGUCGUGAGAAGCCGCUUCCCGAAGCGCUUGUCGAAGGAGACAAGCCACCUAUCGAAGACAACCAGGCCGAUGACCAGGAGGAGAAUGAGGACUCCCCUGAAAGCGGUUCGGGGCCGGCCAAACCCGGUCUUCCUUCUUUUGUGUUGCCUGGCUCGCCAACGGGCCAGGAUUGA